AUGAUAACUCAAAAGCUCAGUUUGACUUGUGAUAGACUUUUAUCACAUCAGCAGCUAGCAUGCUGUCACUCAUAUUGCGGAAUACCCUUCAAUGGCAAGGAAGUGCUUAUUUACAGUGUGGGCUCACAACAAAAGCCACUGCCGCUAACAGGUCACCAUGGUGACAUCAGUGCCAUGACCUUUGGGAAAAGAAGCAGACCUGUUCUGCUCUGCUCUGCUUCUGCAGAUUACAUCAUUGUGUGGGAUAUUGAAACAUGCCAGAGGAAAAUACAAGAGGGUGAAGUUGCAACUGGAGUAGUUAUUGGGGCUUUGCUGGGUGACAUUGUUCAUCUCACCUUCUGUGUCUCUGAUGAACGAGUGGCUGCCUGCUCGGGGUCAAACAUAUAUAUUCUCACCACUACGAGACAGGAGGUGAUUUGUACAUUGACCGGCCACCUGGGACCUUUAACAUCAGCAGAGUUCUGUCCCUGGAACAGAAAUAUUCUUGUCAGCACCUCAGAGGAUCGCACAUUUAAGGUUUGGGAUUUAAAAACUGAAGCGGUUUUUUACCAGUCGUUUGUGCUUUCAGCAUCUCCACUGCUGAGUGUGUUGUUUUUGGAGAAGGACGGACACCUAAUUACUGGUUCAGCAGAUGGACAGGUUUGGUGCUUUUCUCUUGGCGAUGGCAUUAAGUGCCACCUGGUGAAAAAAAUGGAUCUGCUGAAGAUGGAAAGAAGGCAUCAAGGACGCCAAAAGAUAUUGAGCAGCUAUGCAGUGGCUGAGGAGCAAUCAGCUGCAGAAAAAGUGGAGGUAUCAAAACCUGUAAUUUCAAUGGCUUUAUGUGGCCCAUUUACAGGCAUCAGUACUGACCAAAAAAUAGAUGACAGCUGGUUCUGUAUAGGAAGCACUGACGGUCUAUAUGUGGUGGAUCUAGCUACCUCAGAACUCCAAGCAGUGCUGUAUUUCAAAGACAAUCUUGACCUGACCAUCACCAUGGCUGGGUCAUGGUCAUUCUCCUCAGGGUGUGAUAACCAUAUGGCAGUUUUAGUCAGCUCGUUGUUUACCCCAUGUGUGGUCUUGCUGGAGAUUUGUCAGAGUGACCUGCAGAGGGUUAAGGACGAUGCUGAAGGCUUCUCUGUCUUCCCAAGUUCUGCUCCACUGCCUGCAUCACCUCUGAAUGCUGAGUUAAAGGUGAGGGAACCCAACCAUCCUAAAAAAAAAGGUUCAAAGGAAAAGUCACUGGUUUUUCACUCAAAAGUGAAGUCAUCUGGAUAUACCAGUGCCCCAAGAAGAAUUAUGUUUUCACCCAAAACAAAUGCUGAGAAGGCAUCUUCCUCUAAAAAGACUACCAAAAAUAUAGGUUUACUCCACAGCAGUUACCCAGCAGACAGUGCAGCACCAACUAUUCCAUGUAUUGAUCUUAGCAUUGCCAACAAACAGGUCUGCUGCCUUCAAUAUUCAGGUGAUGGAAAACAAAUCCUGUGUGGUCUUGGCGACAGCUCGGUGUUGCUGUACAAGUCAUCUCUUACUGCUAGUCCGACUGUCUACAUAGGUCAUGACAAGCCAGUGAGCAGCGUGAGCUGGAGCCUCAGCAGACAGUGGUGGUUAAGUGCAUCAGAAGAUCCGUCAGUCCGAAUCUGGACCAAUGACAACUCAGAGCCUGCCAUUAUCAUGGGUGACAAUAUUUUCUCCAAACCCGUUAAAGGGGCUCAGUUCUAUUACCUGGACAAAUUUCUACUUCUGGCAUCUGGCCCUUCUGUUUACUUGUACCUGUAUAAUGUGGACACCAGCCGUGAUGACAUCAAAAGAUAUAAGCAGCGGAGUGUCAUCAAACUGGCAAGUUGUGUAAGAACAUCAUCUUCAACAGACAUCACUGCUCUGUCUGCGGCCAAUGACUUUCUUUCAUACAUCAUUCUAGUGUGUGGUUCUGAUCACUCCAUUCAAGUACUGGACAUGAACAAAGGCACAGCUGCUUCAGUGUUGUCCGAUGCCCACAGCAGAACCAUCCACUGCAUCGCACAGAACAAGGGAUCCAUCUUCAGCACACAGACUUCAGAGUCCUACAACCUGUUCCUCACCAGUGCAGUCACAGAUGGUGUGAAGAUAUGGGACCUUCGCACAACCAGGUUUUUCCCAGACUUGGAGUUUCCUGUCCGUUUGCCAGCACUUUCUGUGGCUCUGCAGUUUUCUCAUAUCCGGCUGCUGAACUUCAUCACAGAAGUUCACGCUGCUAUUAAAAUGCAACCAGAUCUCAUCAAGGCCUAUGUUUAUGACAUCCGUAGCAGCACCUACCUCCACAAACUUCAGAGACACUCAGACACGGUGCUCAGCGUAGCCUUCAAUCCUGCUACACCAGAGCUCUUAACUGGAACCCUGGACGGGAAGCUAAGGCUGUUUCAAUCUGGCACCGGGUCCCAUUUGUCUCGAGACACCACUGCUGCUUUGCAUUGCUUCCCCAACAUGACUGCAUAA